GGAAUCUCUGAUGCUUUGCUUUAUUUAUAAUCUGUCCCAGCUGUAGGCAUCCAGAUGAAACUUGAAUACUUCCAGAGGAAGUUCUGGACUGCCAGCAGACAGUGUGCCUCGCUGGAUGGCAAAUGCUCCAUAAGCUGCGAUGAUGAGACUGUGAACUGUUAUCUCAUAGACAAUAAUGGAUUCAUACUGGUGUCUGAAGACUACACACAGACUGGAGAUUUCUUUGGUGAGGUAGAGGGAGCUGUAAUGAACAAGUUGUUAACAAUGGGCUCCUUUAAAAGAAUCAACCUGUAUGACUACCAGGCCAUGUGUAGAGCCAACAAGGAGAGCAGCGGCAGCGCCCACGGACUCCUGGAUCCCUAUAACGCCUUCCUCUCAGCAGCCAAGUGGAUAAUGACUGAACUUGUCUUGUUCCUAGUGGAAUUUAACCUGUGCAGUUGGUGGCACUCCGACAUGACAGCUAAAGCCCAGAAACUGAAACAGAUCCUGGAGCCUUGUGACACAGAAUACCCUGCCUUUGUUUCUGAACGCACCAUCAAGGAGACCACAGGGAACAUUGCUUGUGAAGACUGCUCCAAGUCUUUUGUCAUCCAGCAAAUCCCGAGUAGCAAUCUGUUCAUGGUGGUGGUGGACAGCAGCUGCCUCUGUGAGUCUGUGGCUCCUAUCACCAUGGCACCCAUUGAAAUCAGGUAUAAUGAAUCUCUUAAGUGUGAGCGUUUAAAGGCUCAGAAGAUCAGGAGGCGUCCGGAAUCCUGCCAUGGCUUCCAUCCUGAGGAGAAUGCAAGGGAGUGUGGGGGUGCAUCAAGUCUCCAUGCCCAGGUGGUCCUGCUGCUGCUCCCCCUGGUUUUGAGUCUCUUCUCGAGGUGACACUGACUACUGAGAUGUUCUUUUGGCAUGCUAUAAAUUAUGGAUAAACUGUGAACCCAAAUAUGGUGCGACAUAGAAGACAUAAGCAUAGGCCAGCCAUCAGCAUCUCAUGAUUUUAAACUGUGCGUGAUAGAAACUCUUACAGAUACAUUGACAAAAAAGUUAUCUUUUUACUUUGCCAGUCAUGCAAAUGUGAGUUUACCACAUGAUCACCCUUCAUCAGAAACGGGGCUAUACUGGGUAGGCAGUAUCCCUUCUGCUUGAAAACCAUGGAAACCAAUUUAAAACUCUGUACUUUUUAAAUAAAGUAUAUUAAAAUCAUAA